AUGGCUAACACCACCCACCAAAUUCGAUCAUUGAGCUUACCAUCAAAGUUAAAUCACAUCAACCAAAGAAUUGAACAAGAGCUAAAACGGCUUAAAACCAAAGAAGAAGCAUCAACAUCAGCCUCAGAAAGCAUCGUUAUUGGUGUAUCAGGGCUUGCAAAGUUGUACGAGUGUAUCAACCAAGCCCUGAGUCUUCCAAUGACUCAACAAGCUCUUUCACUUCGCCAACAUGAGAAACAUGUUGGCGAAUUGUUGAAAGGAUGCUCGAGCCUUCUCGAUGUUUGUAGCUCGAUAAAAAAGCUCGUGGUGCAACAAUUAGUAAUAACCAAAGAGCUUGAAUCCAAUCUUUCUAAUAGGGAAGUUGGAAACAACAACAUUGCUAGCUAUAUUUCCUCAAGAAAGGAAGUGAUUAGGAAAUCUAAGGAUGUAUUUUUGUCCUUAAAUCAACUCAAUGCUCAAGUCCUUGCAGGAGAAAAUAGUCAUUUAUCAACUGUAAUCAAAUCUCUUAAAUGUGUUAGCAUCAUAAACUUAUCUGUCUAUGAAUCGCUCAUGUUUUUCCUGUCGAUACCGGUGUCAAAGCCAAGACGUUCACUGGUUUCUAGGCUGAUGAACAAAGGCAGGGGUAAGUGUGAGAGCGGAAAUGAGUUGAAUGAUGUUGAUUUGGUGUUGCAUGAGUUGAUGUCAGGGAAAACAAUAAACGAUGAGAAGUUGAAUUUUGCAGUAGGUAAAUUGAACGCGUUGGUGGGUGUCAUGGAGAGUGUUGAGAAAGGGUUGGAAAACAUGUACAAGCAGAUGUCUGAAACAAAAGUUUUUCUGAUGAACAUAGUUUCUUUCUAG